AUGGGCUCUCGACAGCCGAGCCGGUCAGCUGGCAUUCGUGAGCUGCAUGCGCCGCCAAUAUCAGCUUGUGCUGGCGGCGCUAUGUUCACUGUAAGUUCUCUUCGUCCAUGCUCCUCCAAUUGUUCGCAUCACGUCUCUUGAGCUUUCAGCAAGAGACCCAUUGCACAAUGGAACCGUACAUGACUUCCGCUGGCGCCUGGGCCACAGACGCGCCGGACAGCGUCAAUCCGGCGGAGUUGAGCGCCAUUGACAUCUGGGACUUGUCCAUCUUUAACGACCCCUUCGAAUUGCCGGUCGAGCCCACCGCUCCACUCCCAAUAACGGCAAUGCCAAUUGAGCGCCUGCGAAGCUUACCGAAGCACUCUCGAGUGUCCCUCCUGUCUACCAGUCCGCCCGACCUGGGCUGGCAAUGGAACCCAUUGUCGGCAACCUCAUCGACCAGACGCACCAGCCAUGGUCAGCUUGCUUUAUCUCGGGAAAAUUCAAGCUCUUCUAUUCGACAAUCAUCUGCAGGCUCUCAACUGUCUCCAAAGGCGACCAAGCCAAGCAGAGGCAGAUUGCUUGCGGACACUUCAGCGCAAGGUCCGGAGACAGUAUUCGAAGAUAGUGACAGUCACCACUCCUGGACAGCGUCCGAUAAUUUUGAAACUUGGUGCAACAGCUUGCGCGAACAACUGGCCGACUUCCGCCGCUGCAAAGAGCGAACGGUUAUCAUCACCUCGCUCUUGCAAACGCGACAGCGGAGGAAAGUCCACUCGAUGGCAAACCUUCUCGGACUCAGCCACAUGAGCCUGGGACAUGGCAGGAGCAAACAGAUCCUGAUCAGCAAAUGCGAGCUUGCGAACACGAACAACGCCACGAGCACGUUUCGCGAGAAGCGCUGGAAUCCAACACGAAACAACUGGUCGCGUGGUCUGGUGGAUCCUCGAGUUGUCCUCAUUGAAGGUCUCUCUGGCACCGCUGUCCGCUUACAGCAGCAUCUUUACAAUGCAGGUCUCCCUCAGGCCAGCCACAUGACGAUCGACAAUGGUCAGCCUCGUGGCCAAGAGCAAGCAUCAUCGUGGAACACUAUCUAUGCCUGUUUCGAAACAGCAGAUGACGCAGCGACUGUUGUCCUGUCGCUGGACCACUCAAAGCCGAACUGGAAUGCUUAUGAUGGCUUCAUCGAGUGCGACUACGUGCGCUUUAGCCCAGGCACUGACCUUGACGCCGGAUUACUUUCGAACUUCGACGUGCUUCCUCAACUUUUGAGAGAGUCGACGUUAUAUCGGCAAGACAGCAGAAACACCAGCUUUGUCGGCCAAGGUACAGACUGUGCUCUGUACUCCGACUCAGAUGAAGGAGACGAGUGGCAGUCCCCAGGUCUCACCAUGCCAGUGCAACGCUUCGUUUCACGCUUGGCAUCAAACGAGUCGUCUCGUUCAAGAGACGCUGGCUAUGCAUCAGGAGGCUCAGCAUUGAGUCUGAUGCUCUCCGAUCACAGCGAGGGUAGCGCUACCAAAAAGCGUAAGCGCAUGCCAAAGAUCCCAGGUGGUUUUCCUUGCCAGAUGACAGGUUGCGACAAAGUGUUCAAUCGUGAUGGCGAUAGACGAAAACAUGAGAAGAAUCAUGUCGGUGAGAGAAAGCACACUUGUGAGAGGUGCAGUCGAGGUUUCUUGUUUCCGAAGGACCUCAAGAGGCAUAUGUCUACGCAUAGCUGCUCAUUAAUCGCUGGCUGA